CUCCUAACGAAUGACUCGACUCAACAAAUGGCAGAGAAAGAAACGCAAGAAAUAGGCUUAAAUGGCCUGAAUAAUCUCUGUUCAGAGCCUUCAGAGACGUUAAUAUCAUUAGAAGAAGCUUAUUCUGUUAUUAAUGAGGCAGAUUGUCUUUAUUAUAAGAAGGAUUAUGAAGCAGCAGUUGAGAAAUAUAGUUUAGCUCUUGAGCGAAUUGUUAUGGAAUAUGGAGAAGGAGAUGUUAGAAAUGCAGAUGUUUUUUAUUCGUAUGGAAGGGCGUUAUUUUAUUUAGCAGUGAAACGGAGUGGAGUUUUUGGUGGGGUAGUUCCUCCGCUAGAAAAUUGUAUUGAGAUGGGGAAUGUUUCGUCUAAAGCGAUGCAUAAUUCGUCUCGAUUAUGUUUUUCUGGAGAUGAAAGUAGUGAAGAAGAAUCGGGAGAUGUGAUAAAAGAGGAUGAUUUUAGUAUUGCAUGGGAAGCAUUAGAUUUUUCGAGAUUUCUUUAUCAAAAGAUGCUAGAUAUGAGUAAAGGAGUGUCAGAGAGGGAUUUAGAGGAGAAAAAAGAGGAAAUUGAUGAAGAAAAGUGUAUAGAAAUUGAAAAAAAGUUGGCAGAUACAUAUGAUUUAUUGGGGGAAAUAUCACUUGAGAAUGAAAAUUUUCAACAGGCAUUGGCGGAUUUUCAAUCUUCUCUUGAUCUUAGAACUAAAAUAUAUCCACUUGAGUCAUCAUUGAUUACUGAAGCACAUUAUAAACUAGCAUUAGCUCUUGAAUUUUCACAAGAAGGUGAUUUUCGUGAAAAGGCUAUUGAACAUAUACAUUUAGCGAUUAAAAGUUUAGAAAAGCGAUUGGAAAACGAGCAAAAAAGUGAAAAAGGGAAAGAAAAACAAGAGAAAGAAGAAUCUGAAAUACGGGAAAUGUUAUUGGAACUGAAACAAAAGGCUAAAGAACUUGAAAAGAUUCCGGAGAAAACAAGUAUAAAGACUCUUGAUUUUCAAAAUAUAACGAAAAAUUCUCAAGAAGAUGUAAAGAAAGCGCUUUUAGAAAUGAUCUCCAAUGCAAAUGAUGUAAAUUCUUUGGUUAAAAAGAAAAAGAAACCCAUUUCUUAUGGACUUUCAAAUAUUGAUGAAAAUCAACAAGAAAAUCAAGUGUAUAAAAAGGCAAAAAUAGAAAAUUCAUGUAAUUAAAUAUCGAUCAAAUCACACUUAAAGUUUCGUAAAAACUUUCCAGAUUUUCA